AUGGGCCCUCUAACAUCGAACGAAGGACCCGGUGGUGAUUUGGAAGAAAGCAAGCCAGUACCUAACAUCUCGCAACAAAUAACAAAUACAACUACCACGACAGCACUACAUGAUGAAGUGCCUCAGACACACGAAGCAUCACAGGAGAAGCCAUCUUCAAAUGCGAAGUUUGAAGAGCAAACUUGUACUGAUUCAGGACCCGGGAAACAUGAAUCGACCACGGAAAUUAUACAACCGGAGAAAGAGACAAGGGAAGAUGCCCAUGACGAAUAUAUCCAGGGUCCCAAGUUGUAUUUGGUAAUGGUGUCAACCACAAUGGUUUACUUUCUCAUCAUGCUAGACAAUACCAUCCUAGCAACCGCGAUUCCCUAUAUCACCGACGAAUUCCAUUCUUUACUAGACGUCGGGUGGUACGGUAGCGCAUACCAGUUAUCCUGUUCGGCACUACAGCCAUUUGGAGGAAAGAUAUACUCCAAGUUUAACUCGAAGUGGUCCUUUAUCAUCUACCUCAUCAUCUUCGAGGCCGGCUCUGCCGUAUGUGGUGCCGCUUCGUCCUCGGCUAUGCUUAUCGGGGGGAGGGCGAUUGCUGGAGUGGGUGGCUCGGGUCUGCUCAACGGAACACUUAUCAUUAUGAACUCUUGCAUUCCACCGCACCGCCAACCAGUUGGCCAGUUGGGUAUCGCAUUUGGUCCACUCAUCGGAGGCGCUUUUACAGAAUACGUAACCUGGAGAUGGUGUUUCUAUCUCAAUCUCCCCAUUGGCGGCGCCGUAGCCAUUAUAAUCGCCUUUAUUCAAAUUCCAGACCAUAUUGCAAAACCAAAGAUGCGGGACGUCUUCAAGAAUGCAAUUGUAGACUUCGACCUGCUGGGGUUCGUGCUCUUCGCGCCAUCCGUCAUCAUGUUGCUCCUCGCGCUACAAUAUGGCGGGAAUCAGUACCGGUGGGAUAGCUCACAGGUCAUUGGUCUUUUCUGCGGCUCGGGCGCUGAUUUUAUCGUAUGGUUGAUCUGGGACUGGUACCAGGGCGCCAACGCCAUGGUGCCGCUCUCGAUGAUCAAAAAUCGUGUCAUGUGGGCUAGCUCAGUAUCCGGUUUGUUCUUGAGCGGUACAAUGUUCAUUACGGCAUACUAUCUACCUAUUUACUUCCAGACCGUUCGCGCCGCUACGCCCUUUAUGAGCGGCGUGGAUGUCCUCCCUAAUAUUCUGUCACAGAUGGUCUUUGGGAUCCUGGCAGGGGCCUUGGUUCAAAAGAUUGGAUACUACUCCCCAUUCGUCAUAUUAGGUGCUAUUCUUAACUCUACCGGAUGCGGUCUUCUAAGUCUUCUCUCACCUAACACGUCUACGGGAAUUUGGAUCGGAUAUCAAAUUAUAUUCGGUAUUGGUCGAGGUCUUGCUAUGUCAAUACCCUUCCUUGCUGUGCAGAAUCACCUUCCGAGACACAUGAUUCCAGCAUCUAUGUCGACGCUUGUAUUUGUACAGAAUCUAAGUGCAGCUAUUAUGACCGUCAUCUCGCAGACUAUUCUCACUAACAGCUUAAUUGACAUUAUCCCGCAGGACGCACCAGGGGUUAAUCCCCAGGUUGUUAUUAGCGCAGGUACAACGACAGCAGCAUUGGGUCAGGCCGUAGGCCAAGAACAGCUAUCCGGAGUCUUGUGGGCUUACUCCCAUGCUUUGCAACGGAUCUGGUACUUUGCUGCUGGCAUGGCUGUACCCACGUUUGUUGCUGGCUGGUACUUCGGUUGGGAUAAUAUCAGAGAAAAAACCAAACGGGACAAGGAAUCUGAGAUAUCGAACGAGUGA